AUGGUUAGAGCCAAAACCUCCUUCAACCUCCACUACCUCUCCGCCGUGAGCUACUUCGUCAUGAUCUCUCUCCUCGCCGCGUUUCUCUGGAUGGCCUUCACACCCCAAGCCCCGCGCUUUCAACUAACGUCCCUCACCGUCACCUCCCUCGCCACAAACACUGGCGCUGAGCUGACAGCGACGUUCAACGUUAAUGCUGUUCUCGGGAACCCCAACGUCGCGCUCUCCGUCUGCUACGAGAGCCUCCGCCUUGCGCUCCUCUUCGACAACCUCGUCAUCUCCGCCACCCUGAUCCAACCGCUCCCGUUCUCCACCGCCGCCCAGACCGACACCCCGGUCCGAGCCCGGUACGCGGUCGCUCACAGACUGUUCCCCGACGGCGUCGUCAGAGGAAUCACCGAGCAGUGUCGUCGUGGUUCGGUAUACUUCGGAGUCACGGUGCUAGCUCGGCUUAGGUUCACGUUUGGCGCAUUGCGCACCAGAGUUAGAACUUUGAGGCUUGAGUGUUACCCGUUGCAGGUUGCGUUCCCAUCCCGCAACAACGGUACUGGAAGGCUGGUUGCUCCUUCUGAUUGUUAUGCAAGCGGUCAUCGAUCUUCAAAAGCAUUACAGCAAGCAGGGACCAAGAUGACUGCCAUUUUGAUUGAAGUUUCAAGAUACACAAACUCACCAAUAAGCAGGUGCCAACGUGCUGGCAGUAGCUGUCUAAUAGCUGUAGAUGAAUCAGCCAACAGAUGGAUGGAACCAGUAGAACAUUGUGUUGUGGCUGAGAGGAUAAAGAUAUUGCCAUGUAGGUCAUGUAUUCAUCAGAACAGUGAAGAAGUUGUCAGAAAAUGUUGUGCAACAGUGAAGAAGUUGGGUAGUACAAAUGAAGAACUGGAGAAAAAAAGGAUUCGGUACGUGAAAAAGCAACAUGGAUACGUGAAAGAGAAAUCUGAUUAA